CUCCGAGCGGCUCCGCGGCCCGCGCCCGAUGGGCGCCCGGCAGUCCCGCGGGCCCGGCGGCGCGCGGCUGCGGCAGCAGGCGGCGCCAGCGUGCUGCGCGCACGUGCCGGCGACCGCGCCCGCCCUGCGCUGCUGCGGCCGUGUCGUGGCGGACGCCAACCGCGGGACGGUGAGCUUCGACUGGCCUGCGACACGGGUGCGCUUCGCCACGUCGGCGCGGCGUGUCUGGUUGCGCAUGGACGGCGGCCGCAACCACUUCAACGUCCUCGUGGACGGCGAGUCGGCGGGGGUGCUGAGGACUGGGAAGGGCGUCCGUGACUACCUGCUGGAGGUUUUCGAGGAGGAGGCGCUCGUCACGAGCCCGGCCCGCGUGGUGGAGCUCCAGAAGCGCACCGAGGCCAACAUCGGCACCCCGUGCGGCUCCCUGGCCGGGCUGGGCACCAGGCCCGUGGUGGUCCAUGGCCUGCUGCUGGAGGAGGGGCCAGCGGCCCUGAGGGAGCCGCCGCCCCGCGCGGGCCCCGCGCGGAGGCUCGAGUUCCUCGGCGACUCCGAGACCGCGGGGUUCGGGAACCUCGGCGAGCCGCCCGGCAGCGCGGCCUGGCGCCACGUUCUCCACAUGGACCCCGCGGACCAGGACGCCAACCGCGCCUGGCCCGCCCUCGUGGCGCAGGCGCUGGGCGCCGAGUGCCACGUCAUCGCCUGGAGCGGGGCCGGCGUGCUGUGGAACUGCCCGGGCUGCUGCAGCGCCGACGGCAGUUUCCAGGUGCUGCUGCCGCGCCUGCUGGGCGGCGACCCCUCGACGGCCGCGACCCCGGAGAACGGGCUGCUGCGGGGCUGGGAGCCGGACGCCGUGGUCGUGUACAUCGGCGGCAACGACUGGUACUCGCUGUCGGAGGGCCGGCACGAGGAGCUCGGGCGGGCCUGCGGCGCGCUGCUGGGCCAGCUGCGGGCGCUGCGGCCGUCCGCGGCGGUGAUGGUCCUCCUCGCCGCCCCGAGCUCGUUCUGCUCCUGCAUCUCCACCCUCGAAGAGCAGGCGCUUUUCGCCGCCGAUAUGGACCGCUGCUGGCGCCGGGGCGCGGAGCUCGCGGGGCACCCUGGGGUGUCCCUGCACGAGGUCGCGCCGAGGCCGGCGAUCGACGUGGCCGAUCGCGCGGACUGGGGGCAGGCGGCACACUGGUCGGUGCAGGGCCACCAGAAGUGGGCCGACGCCGUGGCGCCGCUGGUGGCCGGGCGCAUGGGCUGGGCGGGCGGCGGCCGUGCGGCGGCCCAGUGCCAGCAGUGA